AGAGAAAAACUGUACAAGCUAGAUCAUCAAAAUGGCAACUGGGGAAAAAGAUUUAGCUGAAAAUUUCAGAAGAAUUGGACUACAUGAUGGAAAGGAUUUAGAAAAUGAUUCUUCUCCGUGGACAGAUCAUUCUACAGAACAAAGCAGCCCUCAGCAAACACAACAAACUAUAGAUGAGAGAACAAACGAAGAAACUCUAAAAGAUGUACACGCUGUCAUUAUUCAUGCUGAGAAAGACAGAACGUUAGUCCAAACAUUCAAAUCAGCAAUGAAGACAGCAGCCCCAGAUAUGGAAAUUGAGACUCUACAAGAAUUCUCCCAUCCGGGAAGAACACACUUUGACAACCUUAACACAAUUUUGGAAAAACAUUUUGUAUUUGUAUGGGUUACGAAGAAUCUUGGAGAGGAAGAGGAGCUCCUUCAAAUGUUUUUGGGAGAUAUCUCUCUUACAGAAAGUAAAUCAAAUAGAGAAAGAUAUGAUAAAUUUAUUCCGAUAUGGGGACAGGCAAAUGCAAGAUCUCUGUAUCCAAAGUUCAGACCUUUUCCAGGGUUUGAUUUUCAUGACGAUAGAAAAGAUGACUUCAAUAAGUUGAGGUCUCUUAUAAAUCAGGCAAACGAAGAUAGUGACGAUUUUGAUUUAAAGUAAAAUAUUCUGGUAUGUUGUUUUCAUCCAUUCAAUUUAUUGAAAAACAUUAAGUCGUGAGAACUUGCAUAUUUUGCACAUAACCCCUUUUUGGAUCUCUUCCCCCUUUUUCAGAAUAUUGGCUACCGACCAAGAGCAAUUGUGAUUUUUUUUUCUUCCUUGAAAUUUACAUACAAUGUAAACAAAUUAUUUUGAAACAUUAAAAACGAUGGUUAUACAAUAAAGUUUCCUGUUAAUAAUAUGAUCCAUUCAAAUAAGGAGAAUAAUUAUAUAUCUCUCAUAUAACAAUUAUAUUUACAUGCAAAUCUAAAUUGCAUCAAAACGCAGGAUUCUAUCAGCAAAAAAUAAUAAAACAUACAAUCAAAGAUAGUCACAAUAAUCGCGCUAAGACGAGCUCAGGCCUCAGAUUAAACCAAUUCCAUGGCAAUUUUAAAACAGAUUAUGAACUUUACAAACAUAAUUAGUUACGUCAGUAAUGAACAAAAAUCAAAAUAUUUAGUGUGUUUAUCUUAUAGAUGUACUAGUAUUAUUUUAUACCAUAGUUUAACAUAAUGAUUAAGAGAAAAUAUUAAACCCCUGCUCCGAAGCAGAGGGGGUAUACAGUUUUUUUUCUUGUGCGUGUCUGUCUAUUCUUCCUUGUGUCUCUCCGCAACAAAAUUGGUCGCAGUUUUCGCAGCAACUACUCAUCACAGAUGCUUGAAAUUUUAGCUCAUUCUUUUUCGAGGCAUAUGCCAUAUGGAUGGAUAUAUGUUUUUCUAAAAUUUGUUAUCAACUUCUUGUUUAUCAAUGCGUCGCAGUUUUUCUCAGCAACUACGAGGGACGUUCAAUAAAUAAUGUCAUCAGCUCGAUAACAUACAACAUAGAAAUCAUAAAUCAUAGAAAACCCGCCAAAAAAUUUGAAAUUUUAAUAUUUUUUAUAUGAAAUAAGAUUUUUAAUUAUUUUUUUGUGUGAAAUGCUAUUAAAAUAUAUGUUUUAAUAUUAUAGAGAAAAUAAUAACUUCAAAUCUGUGUCCAAGUACCUUCAAAUAUUAGGGUCUUGUUGUUCAAAUUCUUAUUGGGGGAGUAAUUUCAAUUUUUGCAAGAUUCUAGAAAGCAAUAUUUUUGCAAAAAAUUGAAAGGUUUCUCAGAGGAGGGAGCCAGAAUAAGGAAUUCACUACAUUAAUUUUUUUCAUGACAGCGUCCAAACCCUUAGGCUAUAAAGCGUAAAGAAGUUUUGCGGAUAAAAAUAAAGUUAAUGUUUGGUCACACCAACAAUAUUGGCCAGCACUUUCAAUCUUUGACUUCUUUCAUUUCCCAAACUUGACAAAAACAUUUUUCAGAAAGAAAAAACAUGUACAGGAAAUCAUUGGAUUUGCCAUAUUCCAGUAUACGAAGGGUAAUACUCAUAGAUGAGUUCUAAAAAGAAUUAGAAAUUAAAUAAAAUUGUUACGGAUAUGUGUUUUAAUCAUUAGACAAUAUUUUAGUUUAAUCAUUAAGACUAAAUUUGUUUCUUUUCGAGCACCGAUGACAUUAUUUAUUGAACGUCCCUCGUACUUAUCGCCGAUGCUUGUAAUUUAAGCACAUGCUUUGUAAUAAUGUUGUGAAUUUAUUUUGGUUCAAAGCAGAUGUCAACUUUCUAUCAAUCCAUGCAUCUGCAUGAAAUUGAAUUUAUAUCAACAUGAUAAUGUAUAUUCACAUCAGAGCGGGGAUAUUACUAGUGAACAUUACCUUUCAGACUUCUUGUUUUACUUUGUCUCUCUUCAGAAGAGGGUAUAUGUAAAACUGGACAAUUUUAAGAAAACAUGUUUUAACUGUCAUUAUGUCUCAUGACAUUUUGCGGAGAAUUAAGAAAAUAAGAUAGAAUGCUUUAUGCAUUUCAACCAUAUAAGAUAGCUUUAUUAACUCUAUAUUUUACACUAACGCUUUACCUAUUUUUUUUUAAUAUAAUAAAACAUUGAUAGAUUUUAAGCUAUUAUAGGGACAUUAACGACAGGUGGGUAACUUAAUAUCGGACUCUGACCAUUUGGUAAAUUGCCUAAAAUGCCCUAGUAUACCACAGGAACUAGAAAAGGAUUCCUUCUAUAUAAAAGACUGCAGUUGGUAAAAAACUUAUAUUUAACAACUCCUUUAAAAGUGUUUGGUUGAAUGAGUUUAAGUGGACAAUAUUGAAUAAUGAAUAAUACGGUGUGCUAAAAGAUAUGAUCAAUUUAAGUAUUUGAGGUUUAUUAUCUUAUAAUCAUUCCUAGUUAUAAAAUAUUUUAUUUUGUAUUCUAAGUAAAAUUCAUCCAUGCCUAUGUGUUUAUGUUUGAAAACUUGGUUUUUUUUUCUCGUAUAUGGAUACAUUUAUGAUCU